GAAGACUUAGACCGUGUUGUGAAUGGCUGUCCUUACAGUCACAGGAGGAAGUUUGACUGCACCGAACAUCAGGUAAUACACAUUUGGUGAAUUACUAGCGAUAAAAUAUCAUGUAGAAGUUGGUGGUUUCCUCUUGUGUUAAAUAUACAGUUUUUACCUGAGGAGUUUGGCUUGUUCGGGGCUGUAACUUACUUUAUUGAGGUGAGGAGUUUUGAGAAAUUUCAUGUUGCUGUUGGCUCCUGUGGCUUUGACUGAAGUUUUAGACAUAUAAUGUGACUCCCUUUAAUUUGGGAUGAAUUGUUUACUCUUCUUGUAUUUUUGCACAAUACUUUUUUUUUGUAUAUAAUGCUAGGCUAUAUCUACUCAUCGUGUUUAUGUAAAGGUAGUCUCAAAUUACAUGUUUUCGAUAUUUACGUUUUCUGUCAGUAGGCUAUUACCAGUUGGAAAGUGAGCAUUAACUUUUUAUUUACAUUUAGGCAACAUUAAAGUCAGGUGUGGCUUUACAAUAAGAAAUUAACGCUUUAUUUACACUCAAAAUACGUGGGUGCGGUUUUAUCACGUGAAAUAAAUGCUUUAUUAUAUUCCGGCUAUGGAGAGUAAGCUGUAGUUUUUAUUAUUUAAUGAUUUAUUUGCAUUUAUUGUUAGUUGGGUGCGGUUUUAAGACGUGGUUGUUGCUGUCUUUACAUAUAAUAAAUCAUUUAAGAUUACGCAGAUGGGUACUUGAAUAAAUAGAUAGUGGUUUUAUGCUUUGAUAAAGCCUGUAGUGCAGAUUCAGCAGCCUGUAGCCUGGUGUUUGUAUUGAAACACAGGUAGAGGAGGGUAAUUCCGUUUACAGGCCUCACUACUCUGCCACUAAACAGGAUGUGAGGGUUCAAAUCCAUAAGGGCCAAUAGCCCGCCUGCUCAUAUUGCGUCCUGAGGCUGAAUCAGUUAAUCUCUCUGGUCUCAGCAUGUUUGAGGAAUGAAGGUAUCUGCCACAGGCUAUUAACAACCUGCUGCUCCUCCUACAGCGUCUAACUACAUUUUAAUUGUUUAAAAUCAUCAGUUUUGUGCUUGGUGUUGCUUGGUGAAGUCUGGAAAAUGAGUUGGAUGUGUUUUUCUGCAGUGACAACUCAGCUCAUGUUAUAGACAGUGCUGUAAACCACCAGAGGAAGAUCCCCAUGUGUAGACUGUGCUGCUCCCUCUGUGAUUAUUUACCUCCACUGAUGUGUGCAAACACUUGCUGCACUGUUGUCCUUGGCUGUAGUGCAGGUCAGGGGCCCUUCAGCACCGUCCUGAAAUCUCUCUGAUGGGAGUUGUUUUAAAAAUGAGGAGAAAAGUCACAGGAAAAGAAGUCUGGCGUCAGCUAUACAAACUCAGCUCAAAUCUCAGCCUGGCGCAAGCAAUGCGAGGUGACAGAGCCCAGCCGUGUUCCCAGGAUUGUUUCGACCCUCACCUGACCCCAACUCCUUUUAUUCUUUCUUUUUACAGAGCAUUAAUGGAUAUUGAUCAGAUCCGGAUUUAUUGUGCGCCCUAUAAUCCAGGGACCCCUGAUGUUUUUUUUUCCAGAUGGUCUGGUAUUAACUCCCAAAGUAGGGAUUUCUUGUAGAUUAUGCAGACUUUUAUCCUGCUCAAAAGUCUAUUAGCCCUGUGGUUUUCUGCAGUUGAAGAUGGUCUAAGGGGAAUAAACUAAUAUCGUAUUACACAGACUUUAGGAUCUGCAUUCAAACUCAAGUCUCUGAGCGAGAGAGGACAUGUUGCAAAUCAUUAUUUUCCAUCAUGAUUCCAGUCACGGUGCUAUCUGGCUAAAGGCAUCCUUCCCUGUACAGCUGCUGCAGCACCAGUUGUUCUCCCCUGAUAUGCAAAUCUCAUGUUCAGGACAGUUUCCUCCCCCCUGGAAGGAGACUCAGUUUGACAUGGAUGGAUCUCAUUUAUCAGUAAAUCACAAAUAAAUCUUCCUCUUUGCUCCACGGGCUGACUUUUUUUCAAGAGAGGGUGAACAUCUGCUCGCUGUGGUGCUUUUCCUCAGUGUUUUUGUUGUCAAGUUUUACAGAUGGGUCAGUGAUAGUAUUUGUCUUGUUGUGUUAUCAUAACAUGGAGCCCGGCUGCUGCUGACAGGCUCUGAUUUAUGGGCCCUGGUCUCUCAGAUCCCCCCCUAACAUUUGCUCAACAGGCUUUAUAGGUUUCCUGUUGUGAGAUGAAAGUGGUGUUAACAUCUCUGCUGUCUGUUUCUGGUCUGGCUUCUGUCAGAUGACACAAAUCCUUUUCCAUCUAUGAGGUUUUAUCAAACACAGACAGGUGGAUGUGCUGAACAUGAUCAGGCUUUUAUUGCAUGGGCCAUUGUGUGAGUCUUGUGCAUUUGUUAGUUGCACUACAAUACAUCCAGUGAAAAAACAUUAGGAUCAUAUCAGAGUAUCUCUUGUGGGAAGAGGCUCACAGUAUGAUCAUUGUCUGUUUCCUUGUGUGAACAGAUGUAGCUGCCCAUGUACACACAUUGUAUUGUGUGUCUGUUGUGGUGUAAGAAAAUGCGGCAAAGUCAUGUUUUGUCUUUGUCUUCAACCUUUACUACCCGACUAAAGUUUAGCUUCUUUGGUGUUAAUGAUCCUCCAAAUAUGCUUCAAAGGAGGAAAUGGGUUAGUCUACCUCUCCCAUAAGAAGCACUGAAUCUGGGCCGUGUGCUGAAACACCCACUCAGUGUAACUUUUAACUCAGAUUAUGUAAAAAUCUGCUCAGAGGAGAGGAAGGGUGUGUUUGGCAAAGACAGACAGCACGAUUUAUCUUAGUUUCUGGGAAAGUGGUCAGACAAUGGACAAAGCUGAGAAUGUCAACUCAUGAAUAAGUGGAUCACCAAAGAAAGGACUUGUUUAAGUUUCAUUGGAGUUUAAUAGCAUUUGCAUGUAUAAGAGGUUAGGUCCACCAUUAAACUUUUCCGUCAUUGAUUAUACAGAUGGUAAGUCAUUUUAUUCACUGACUGAAAGUUUAGUUAAGUCAGUACCCGGACCAGAAAAAAUGUCCUUCAGUUAGAGUCAUUAAUGCGUCAGUGAAACAUUGGUAUCAGCAAAUAUCAGCUCAGGUGACAGACAUAAGCAAAUAAUAUAUCCGAGACUGAUAUUUGUCUGUAUCCUGUUUCAUCCUAUCAUUAUCUUCGGUGUAUUGAUGUAAAUUUGGAAGGCUGUGACAACUUACUGCCAAUUCAGAAGAGUUGUUAUUGCUUAAAAGGAGUCCCUACUGGACAAAACGUAUUUAUUUUAAUCACCAAACAUGAAAGGAAGUGUGUGUAGUGUGGGAAGAUUACAAGAUCUCUUAGAAAGAGAUUUCACUGAUACAUACAAGAGAUGUUUUAGUAGUGGCUUUUAAAGGAGGGCAACAGUUUAAAUUUAUUAAAUCUCAAAGCUCAUUUAAAAACAAAACAGAUUUAUUUUUCUGUUUCCAAAAAUGUAAUGCAAAAAAAAAAACGUCAUUGGCUGAAUUGAUACCUUAAAGAUCAGUGUAUCUGAACCUUCAAUAUUUCUGAAAGCUCAGGAUCAAAGUCUUGUCUGUUCAACCAACAGAUCAAAACCUGAAUAUCAGUUCACAUGGCAACAAAGCUGGUUAGAAACUAACAAAUAACCUUAACUAAACUCUCAGCGAUAUUUGUACCCCCAAAAAACCCUGGCCUUUUAUGAAAACUAUAACUCAAACUGAAUGAGUCUACUAAAUUAUUGAAAAACUAUCCCAAAUUUUGAUCUUUGUCAGUUUUUAUGUCAUGCCAGUGUUGAGUAUUUGGGGUAGAUAUUAAGCCUGUCUUCCAGUUUCUUUUUUAAAACAUUGGUUGUUUGAUUUUUGUUUUGUUAUUCCAGCUGAUAUCAACCCAUGACGUAGAGUAUCUGUGUUUCCAGUCGGUCCAUGUCUGGCAUUAUGGUAGCUGAGGGGAAAGUUUGGAGGAUUAACUAAAACUAACAGUAGAACAAAAAAUAAAUGAAACAAACUGUGUAUUUUUGAAUAACAAAAAUUGAAUCUCCUGUGAGGAUUUUUUUUUGCUGCGUACAAAACUGACUGAAAUUGAAGUUGACGCCUCGUAAUGACCUUCAAAAGCAAACAUGACUACCCAGAUUCGCUCAUUUGUCGUUGCCUUAUUACACAAUUUGACCAAAAGUUCCAGUUGUAGCCCUUUAAUGCCUGACACCACAAAUUAUGGCCAGAAAAUUUUAAAUAUUUUUGGAGCUGAAAUGUUUAUUUCGCUUAAUACUGAAAACCAAACAAAUCAAAAUGUCCUUAAAAUUUAACAAAUAUAUUUAUUUAUCUUGUUUGAUACAUUAGAUAUUUUUGGAAACUGAUAAACUACAAGAGGACAUUUUUAUCAUUUAUCGGACUGUAUUCAGGUGUUUUUUUAGUAAUUUGUUGAUCAUAUUGAUUUGAUAGAAGUAUAUAAAAGUAUGUAUCAAAUAUGAUACAAAAGGCAAUAAAGGGUUAAGGAACACUUGAAUGUAAGUAGGCCUAACACAUGCGUCAGUUGUCACACAGCUUUGUCAUUGUGCUGUUUGAAAAGGUAAAUCUAGUAUGUUCCUAUGAGUGAAUGUCAAGAGAGCUCUUUGUAUGCCUCCUCUAGCUGAUUGAAGAGUUAAUUACCUCCUGCUCCUCUGCCUGAUUGUCUUCCUUAUCCUCCUCUUUGUAUUCUUCCACUAACCCCCUCCUCUCUUCCUCCACCAGGACCAGGCAUGGCUGGAAAGCCUUUCCGAGCCACCUACAUCUGGGGCAGCAUCAUCUCCAACCUCCACACUCACGUAGAGGUCAAGCGCCGGCGCCACAACCUGAAGUCCUACCAUGACUGCUUCCUGGGCUCAGAGGCCGUGGACGUGGUGCUGGCUCACAUCACCUUGAACCGUUUCUUUGGAGAGGAUGUAGUACCCCGUUAUAAGGCGGUACGCCUCUGUCAGGCCCUGAUGGACUCAAGGGUGUUUGAGCCUGUGGGCAUUAAAGUGUUUGGAAAGGAGAAGAAACGGGCCACAUUUGAGGACAGUAGUUUCAGUUUAUACAGGUUCCUGAACCCAACCACUGGCUCCUCCUCUUCUUCAUCGCUGGGUAACAGCAAUUCCCACUCCACCAGCACCAUUGAGAGCGGCUAUGACUCCCCAAGCAUGAACAGGAACAAGAACGGCUACAGCCCGUCACGUGAGAGGUACAGACUGGUGUCAUAACAUCCUCAGAUCACACUUUGAUUCGCUUUGUUCUCCAUCCUCCUAAAUCCACUGCCUGUAAGAACCAGUGAGCUGUGAGCUGAGACUCUUGAAGUCCAUCAUGCAGUCUGGUCUCUCAGGAACCACUAUAGACUGUAUGUCUAUGGGAACCACCUUACUAUCCAAGAGUGCAGAGUUGAAGUAAACAAAAUUAAAUUAAAAAGUUGUAGUCUUUUAAGGGAAAGAUGAAACAGUCAGGAAACCAAAGACUAAUGUUUCAACAAUUCUCCAUACAGACACUAGGAGCAUUAAUUCAAACCUCAUGUCUGUUCUACUCUCUACAGCUAGCAGGUUUAGCCCAGGUUAGUCAAGCUAGCUGCUCCCUCUGUUUGUUUCAUAGAUGUAAGAUUCUUAUUAUGUGUUUUAAUCUGAUAUUUAGUCUCAUAGUCUCUCUGAAUUUUACAAAGGUUUUGUUCAUUUGAAUAAGCUUGAUUUAAACAACACAGUCACUAUUGUAACAGCAUUUGUUUUCAACAUCCUGAGAUAAAUUGUCACAGUGUGAAUUCAAUGAAUUGUGUUAAAAAUCAUACCUGGCUCAAGGCAAGAGAGUUAAUUAUUGUCUCUCUCUAAAUUUCACUCUGUACCUUUGAACGUCGGUGGUUCUGCUUUACUUUGAAGGUGUAAGAUUAAAUUUAGGGAGCCUGUCAAGCUGGUAGCAGAGACAGGUAUAAGUCAUUAACCAUGUGGCGUUAACACAUGGCCAGAGCACUUUGUGUUGUCAUAAGAGGGACGACUCCAGACCAGAGCAGAGGACAGGCCUGAUGUCCUAAUGAGAGAUAAAAGACUGACAAACCAUGUGCUGUUUGACUGUAUAAAAAAGGCCUUUUGUCACCUGUAGGAGAGGCUAUAUCUGGAUUUUGUGUUAAUGUAGACAUUAUCAUAUUAUCCUUUAACUGGGUGAUUUUUUUUGUCUGAUUCAAAUGAGAAACAAAACUGUAAGCACCAAACUGUGAAUGUAGAUUAGCCAUUUGUUGCCUGAUGCCACAUUUGUCCCCGUGAUGAGUCUGUAUCUUCUCUCAAUCACUUCCACUGAUUGCUGUUAUUAUGUGACUCUUCAGACAAGGGGAGCUGAGCUACACCACCCACUCCCCUGUAAAAACAGACAAAUCAGUGGAGGACGUGCUCGGAAACCUCAACCUGAGCUCGACCAUCACCCCUCAGAUGAUCAACCUCGGCCUCUCUCAAGAGCGUAAGUCCACUGAUGUAACACCAGCACAGUGUUGUCACGCACUGGGCCGCUUUAAGUGUCUGUGUUUGUGUUCCUGUGUACCAAUGACCCUCAUGAGUCUGUGUUAUUUUCCCAGUUGUGGAUGAGGUGUGGCACCAGCAGGCUGUGUUCAGACUUCUGCAGCUGAUAGAGCUCCCCCUGUUGGAGAACUUGUUAGAGGGCAAAAACAGGUCUCGGCCUCCUCUGCAUGGCAUGGACAGUGACCCGGACCUGUUGUACACAUCCAGCUACCUUGACCGGGAAGUCCUCAAGGCCUUCAGUGAGGCACAGUAGGUCCUCUUAAACAUCUUUUAAAGUUAGUUAUUUUUGUAAACAUUUAUUGAUAAGUACUGAUGUAAAUGAAUGCAUGAUGGAUUCAUCCUAAAUGGGAAAAUUAAAGGGCCAUAGAAAGAAAACAGAGUAAAAAUACAUUUGCACUAGAACAUAAAAGUAGCUCAUUAUGUUUAACUACAUCGUAGAGCUCCUCUAUGUCGAAUUUGGCAGUCUAUGCUUAUCUUGUCCUCUACAUACUGAAGAAGUGUCUGCUGACAAAACAAAUCACAUCUUGCCUGAUCAUUUGUUGAGAAUCGUCCAUGUGAAAGAUGUAAAAACAGGACUCUUUCUUCACCUGCUGGGCUCACAUCUACCCCUUAGCACCAGUUUCAGGCAUUAAAAAUCGCAAUAUAAAAAUAAUCCAUCUAGUCUCUGAUGCACUUUUUUGCUUUUGGAUAUCAUGACAAGGCGUAUAAAUAUAGAACACCAACAGGGGCCAAUUCUACAUGCCUGUGCAGGACAGUUUGUCCAUACUUAUUACCUGUUUUUUUAAAAAAGAUUUAUUUCCGGGCUUUUUGCCCUUUUUUUUCUUGAAGAGGAUGAGACAGUAGAUAGAGCAGGAAAUGGGAAGAGAGAGAGAGUGGGAGUGACACGUGGGAAAGGAGCCACAGGCUGGAAGUGAGCCUUGGCUGACUGCUUGAGGCACAGUCUAUGUAGAUGAGGCACGUGAAGCUUGGUAGGCCAGUGGUGCCCCACUUCUUACUUUCUUUUAAAGAAUAAUUUGAAGGUAUUCCUUUUGUUUAUAAGCUAGUGUUCCUAUACUGAUUCGUGGCUUUUCCAUCUUUUGGUUUAUUAGAUCAGCAGGAAUAUCUUCUCAGGUGAUAAAAGGAGAGGCCGUCUGUGCUUCCCUAACUUCAUUGCUGCUGCUUUGAUCAAUUGUGUGGUUGUCAUAAGUCUUAACCUUCCCCUUUUCUUCCCAGGGCUGAUGAGUGGAUGUCAGGGGCGGUGGACUGCCUGGAGUUCCUUCCUGAUGAGCUGGUGGUGGAGGUCAGUCGAGGUCUGGCUGGUUGCGCUGAGGAUCUAAUUCAGUGUAAGAGACUGCUGUAUGGGGUGCUGGCGCAGCAUUAUGGACGCUCACAGCAGCCUCCUCUGCUCAGCAACCACGUGUUCGACAUACACUCAGGCAUCUCAGAGCUGCUUGGUAAGAAGAUCCAUCACGAUAUCAUUUACAGGAGCAUCAAUUUGACUUAAACUAUGCCAUGUUUCAGCAGGUGUCAUAUAUGUUUCUGUUCUGUGGUGUGUUUUCAGUGAAUGGUAAACAAGAGCAGGCUUUGGAGGCCCUGCAGCUGAGCCUGAAGCUGCAGGACUCACGGAGCAGGGAGGAGCUGCGCAGACUCCUGAGGUUCAUGGCAGUCGCAGGCAGACCUCUGGAGGUGAAACUGCACAAAGAGGUGACUAGGUGUAUGCAUCUUUCAUGAAUUUAUCCACAAGUAUGUGUGAUUUAUUAUUAUUUAUUUAACUCUGAGCUAUCCUUGUGUCAGAUUGAGAACAGAAUGGCGGUGAAGAGGUCUUUCUCCAGUGCCAUCGUCUACAGCGGGAGACUUUCAAAAGGAAAGGUGGACUUCAUGGUUCUGUUCAUGAUGGAUAAACACUGCGAUCUGUUCAAAGUGAGUGAUCUUCACUUUAUUCCCCUGUGCUUUUCUUGUCAUGAAAGCAGAUGUUACGGUAAACAUCUCUUAGUCACUGAGCUGAAAGAAAUGCUGUUUUUGAGUGUUGUUUAGAAGCUGCUCUGCAGCCCUGACCUCAGACAAUACAUGAAAGAGAGUCUCUAAACCAAACAUGUCUGACUGUCUUCCAUCAACGACUAAAAAUAAAGAUUAAAUCGUUUUGUUUAUCAUAAUAAAUCCACUCUCUUCCCUCCAGAUCCCUGGUUCGUUGCACAAGAUGGUCAGUGACAGGAUAAUGAAUAUCGUGAAAGGAAAGGAUCCAGACGUGAUAGCAGGUCUGCAGAUUCCCUUUGUCUCAUCCAUUCAUUAUAUGCAUGCUUUUGUUAAAAAGAUCUUAUCUUACUUUUGUGUCUGUGUCUGUUUUUUGCUGCAGGACCAGCGUUCUGUACGAGACUGAGUGCACAAGCCUAUACAGAAAAUGCCAAGAAAACCACUAAAGAGGAGCUGUGGUCCUUGCUGCAGACAGUCCACGAGAACCCCAAACUCUCCAGUAAGGAGAAGAGGCGGCUGCUGGGGCAGUUUUAUAAAGGCCAUCCGGAGAUUUUUGUCCAGUACUUUGGAAAUAGACUGUCCACCAUCAACAUGUUGUUACAGUGAUAUUUACAUAGAGGGAUGAGUUGUGUAUCCUGAUGUAGAAAGGUAACGAUAGAGGAAGAAAAGCUCAAGUGAUGUGAAUGAUAUGUAUCUUCGAAAGUCGAUAUUGUUUUUUGUAAAAAGUUUAGACUACUGAACAGGAAUGUGAAUUUAAAUCUUAGAGUUUUAAUAAGCUGCGAUGUAUUUAUGAAUAUGUCUUUGAUGUUUUCUUUGGUGCGGGACACUAACAGGAAAAUUCUUUGUGUUAAUGUGAAACUUAAUCUCCUUGACUGAGAAAAUGAACCAAUCGUUCUUUUCAUAUCGCUUGAUGGCUUCCUGUGUGUGGUACAGCUCUUCAAUGGCUGUAUUCUUUGUGCUUGAGCAAUAGGAACAGUGUUAGCAGUAGAAAAUCUGUCUGUUCAUGUGGUUUCCAUGUACAGAGUGAUGCACAGUGGAGCUAUGUCUAAGGAAUCGAAAACCGGAUAUUUGAACCUGGACAUUUGAAAGUCUGAUGUUGUGCUAUUGUAAACAGUCAGAGGCAUUCAUGAGAGUCAGCCCCCUGGGUUUUUGUGUUUGUAGCAACAAAUCAGCAAAACAGAUGUUUGUAUCUCUUUUUUUCUUCUCGCUUUGUUUUGGACUGGCCGCGUUUUAGUGGCAUCUUCAGGGUUCGGUUUUUAAAUGAGGUCAAUGUAAUUCUUUUAAUCAGCUAAGGAAAUCACUUCCACAUUUCCUGGUGACGAAAGCAUUCCCAGACGAAGUUUAAACCACAUACACAUCUUGUUUGUGUUUUUCCAAGUCUGUCUAAAACUCAAACUGAAUCGUCUGGUUAUUCCUUUUGUUUCACUGCCACCUCAAUGUAUGUUAAAAAUGACUCUUUAACAGAUAAAUGGCAUCUGGUAUGUCAUGAAAUGUACCUCUAGAACAAAAAAUAUUAAAGUUUGAGAAGUAGAG